CAUUAAAAAAAUAAAAGAAAAUAAAGAAAGAGAUAGAAGCGGUCUUUCCUCUUUCAAUGGCGCCCACUGAAACUUUCUCUCGUCUCAAACCACUGUAAACUAAAAAUUCCAGAAAACAGAGCGUUAGGCCUUCUACAAAACCACACCUAUAUAUAAUUUGAGGGAUUUGAAGGGGUUAUUGGGUGUCUCUCUGUCGCGCAUAGUUUUUUCAUUUUCUUUAUUUUUUUUUUUUUUUUGGGGAAUUAGAUGACGAAUUGGCGGAGAGUGUUGAAGUCCGUACAGGCUUUGGUUGCCCACAGCCUCCUUUUCUGCUUUACCCUUUUGCUGGUUUUUAAGCUCGAUAGCGUCGUUGCCUACUCUUGGUGGAUAAUUUUCUUUCCACUUUGGACAUUUCAUGCAGUUGUUGCCAGAGGAAGAUUCUCGUUGCCUGCUCCAUCAAUUCCACAUAAUCGACAUUGGGCACCAUGUCAUGCGGUUGUUGCGACACCAUUGCUUAUUGCAUUUGAAUUGCUCCUUUGUAUUUAUCUUGAGAGUGUUCAUGUUAUUGGUGUUCCAGCUGUAAAUUUGAAGGUUGUCUUUCUUCCCUUACUGGCAUUUGAAAUAAUUAUUCUUAUCGAUAAUUUCAGAAUGUGUAGGGCUCUAAUGCCAGGAGAUGAUGAAAGCUUGAGUGAUGAGGCAAUAUGGGAGACACUUCCUCAUUUCUGGGUUGCAAUCUCCAUGAUCUUCUUUGUUGCUGCUACUAUCUUCACCUUACUAAAGCUAUGCGGUGAUGUAGGUGCUCUAGGCUGGUGGGACCUAUUUAUAAAUUUUGGCAUUGCAGAGUGUUUUGCCUUUCUUGUGUGUACAAAAUGGUCUAAUCCAGUGAUUCAUAGAAAUUCUCAUAACAGAGAAGUGAGUUCAUCUUCUACAUCUAUUAGAUAUCUUGACUGGAACAGUGGAUUAGUAGUAUCUCCAGAGGAGGAUCAGCAUCAGGAUCGAGUCUGUGGCAUACAAGAUGUUGGUGGGCAUAUUAUGAAAAUUCCAAUAAUUGGUUUUCAAGUCCUCCUCUGUAUGCGUCUAGAGGGAACCCCUGCAACUGCUAGGAAUAUUCCACUUCCCGUUCUUUUUUCUCCUAUUUUCUUUCUCCAAGGUGCCGGUAUACUAUUUGCUGCAUCUAGGCUGGUGGAGAAAUUAGUACUUUUACUCCAUAGUGGAUCUAGCACGGGAAUGUAUUUUAGAUUUUCUUCCAGAGCUCAUGAUUGCAUGGGGUUCUUACACCAUGGUUCCAGGCUGCUUGGCUGGUGGUCAAUUGAUGAAGGCAGUCGUGAAGAACAGGCAAGAUUGUUUCAAGAGGGUGCUUCAGGGUAUAACACCUUCAGUGGUUAUCCACCUGACAUAGUGAAGAAAAUGCCUAAAAGAGAUCUUGCUGAGGAGGUCUGGCGACUUCAAGCAGCUCUGGGGGAACAAACAGAAAUUACAAAAUACAGCCAGCAGGAGUUUGAGAGACUUCAAAAUGAAAAAGUGUUAUGUAGGGUUUGCUUCGAGAGAGAAAUCUGUGUGGUCCUGCUACCUUGUCGGCAUCGCGUCCUCUGCAGUGCCUGCUGUGAGAAGUGUAAGAAGUGCCCAAUUUGCCGCGUUUCUAUCGAGGAGCGCUUGCCUGUAUAUGAUGUUUAGGUAUUUGACUUGCCCUUCCUUUUUAAGAAAUUGAAAAUGGGUGCAUAGAGGUGGUUGGCAACCUUAUACGGAACAAAUUUUGAUACCGUUUUAACAUAACUUCCUUGAUGUUGCAUGUCGAAAAUUAACCAAUAGGAUAAGGGGAUAGAGUAAGCAGUUGUUUUGACUGUACUAAGAUUUGGUAAACACAUAUAUAUAUUUUUUUUCCCGGUUUUGUUUUUGAUUGUAAAUAUACUGAAGAUCUUACGAGGGUAAGAUACUCAGAUAGCAAUUGUAACCCAUCCUUUUUUUCUUUUUUUUUUUCAAUGCAAUAUAUAAGCAUUAGGUUUGUGUGAGC